AUGUCCAAAUCACUUCUUCAACAUUAUUAUGUAUAUAUUCUUCUACCUAAUAAACAUCGAAUUAAAUCAUUACAUCUAUCAAAUCCGUUUACAGUCGAUUUUAUUUUAUCGUCAUCAAAUUUUCUAUCAAAAUUGAAUCGACUAGAAACAUUUAUUAUUGACCAUGUCGAAUCAAAAUGUCUUGAGGAACUUCUUAAUCAUUUAAUUUGUUUACCUAAUCUUUCUUCAUUAACUAUUACUUCGAUUGAUAAGAUCGAUCAUCCUAAUAAUCUCUAUAUACAAAUUCUUCGUUUACCAGUAUUAAAAUAUUGCAAAGUAUCAUUUGAUGAGGACUAUAGAUUUGAGCCAUUAACUAUGGCGACCAAUGAAUACAGUUCUAUUGAACAUCUUGUCAUUGAACGUGGAAUUCGGCUCGAAGUUCUUCAUCGUCUUUUAUCAUAUGUUCCUCAACUUUGUCGUUUAUCAUGUCAAUCUCUUAUAGGAUAUGACAAUUUAUCAACAGAAAUUAAUAUUUCAAUGAAAAAUCUGACACAUGCAUCUCUCGAUCUCUGUCAUGUCAGGUUUAAUCAAUUAGAAUGUUUAAUCAUGAAUUAUUUUCAUAAAAUUCAAGUUUUACAUAUAUCUGGAAAAGCUAGUUUAGAAGAUUUAGAUGCCAAUCGAUGGAAGCAAUUAAUAUUAUCUCAUAUGCCAUAUUUGCGCGUUUUCGUUAUUCGAUUUAUAUAUCAUCCGGGCAUUAUGUAUAAUCAGUUAACAUAUGAUUCUUUGUUCAAUCAAUUCAAUUCUCAAUUUUGGUUCGAACGAAAAUGGUUCUUUGAUUAUCGACAUUGUUCGAAAUAUGGUCGUCGAGAUGGAAUCUUCUAUUCAAUAAAUCCAUACAAAGGAAAAGAUUACAGAUUAGUUGGAAAAAUGAAUGAAAAUACUCGUCUAUAUCAUCAAGAAACGAAUCUAAAUUCAGUUCGUCAUGUUUAUAUCUAUGGUGAACAGAUAAUGAAUGAUUGCGUCAAUUAUUUUUCAAAUUCUACUUAUCUAACAUUGUACGAUAGUUUUUCUUCAAGAACAAGAUCAUUUACAUCCAUUCUCAAUCAUAUUGUCCCUUUGCAACAACUUACUAAAGUAGUCAUUGAUUCACAUAGUUUUUCCUUCCAAAAAUUAUGCGAAUUGUUACGUUCUGCACCAAAAAUAAAUUCAUUAAUAAUAAACUCUGCAAUUCUUAGUGAAACAUCUUCUGUAUCAAUGCGACAAAGUGAAACUUUUCGAUCAGUAUCAAAUACAAAUAAUAUUACGAACGUGACUAUUAAAGACAAAUGUACGUUAAAAAAAAUAAAAUUACUUGUUCGUUUGUGUCCUCGACUACAGUAUCUAACAAUUGAUUCGUUCGAACAUGAUUUUGAGCCAAUAAUUCGAUUCAUAUUAUCAAAUGCUAACGAAAAUACUCAUCGUUUGUUUUUCUUGUGUGUCUCAAAUGCGAUUUCAACACUGUUGGAGAAAUUGAACGCUUUAAUCAUAUCAGAAAAAAUCAUUGAUGAUUAUUUGAUAAAAUGUGUUAAUCGCAAAUUGUAUUUACAGUGGUAAUAUUUAAUUAAUAAUCGACAAAUUUAUUAUUUCCAAUUUUACAUAAGACAUAUAUUUUACAAUUAUGACUGUCAAGAAAUCAUCAACAGAUAGCUCAUCUGACAUGAUAAUCAUUCAUCUGUAAUUAUCUCAAAUUAAAUAUAGCAAGCGACGAUGAAAAAUGAAAUUGAACGACAAGUGAAUUCUCACAGUUCCUCACUGUCACUAUCACCUCAAUAAUCUUUGUUUUGUUCAAUACAAUCACUCAUACAAGUUCGAAUCGAUCUCAUUCUGUCAGUCGAAUAUUCAUAUUGAAUUUUUACCAUUCUUUGAUUUAAUCGCUCAUUGAAGCGAAUUCUUCUAGCUUACCAUCAAAUAAAAGUACAAGGGAAUGCUACGUAUUGAUGAAGUACUAUUUGAGAAUUUGUCAUAAUUUUGAAAUUGUUUUUUUCUAGCCGAACUUGUUGAUAAAUUAUAAGUAUUCUAUGAGAGAUGAAUCGAAAUAGAUAUUCUACACUGACACUCCAUAUUUCACGGAUAUUGCGUAGUGCUGAUACAGCAAGAUUAUGUAAUAUAAUUUUAUCUUAUUUUUCUUUAUUGUUUUAUGUAUAUGAUCUGAGAUCUCUAUAUUACCAUUUAACAUACACUGUAUUUGUUAUACAUUGUUGUACUAUAUAUCAGUUAAGAAAAAACAUCGAAAUAGAAAAAAAGAGUAUACGAAACAUAACUUCUUGUUGUAUCAAGCUUUUUCACACAGUCUGAUAGAACUUUUAAAUGGUAAAACAUAAAAAAUUACUUUUGUGUCUGCAAAAUAUUCAAACUAUAUCGUGAUCUGACCCGACCCGAGUUGGGCAAUGGUAGGUAUGGAUGAUUCCUACAGCAUGGACUUGAAAUUUUUCUUCGCGUUGUCUGCUUCUGAACUCGUCCAGACGAGUACCCUACAGAUUUCAGUUCUUGAAAUGACCCGAAAGAAGAGUUUUUAUUUUCUUAACGAAAUCAUUUCUAAUGAUUAUAAUAUACAAGAUAUUCCAAAAAUCAUUACCGUGAACUAAAUUUACAUGAUGCUACUUUAUUACCAUCUAAAGAAUUUAGUUUUCCCUAAUAAUAGAGAAGUAUUUCAAGUUGUUAUUGUUUUGAAUGAUAUGAACGAAUCCUUUUAAAACGAAAGUGAAUAGUCAGGAUGAUGAAAAACCUCUAAAAUCGAAGAAAAUAAAAUCAUUGAGAAAGAAAAAAGAUGAUAUUCUUUUGACUAUCGAAAGAAGACUGAAUUUCUGUAUUUGAUUAAAAAAGCUGUAACUCUCAGCAGUAUUCAUGAAAGUCAUUCAUAAUAAAAAAAAAAUGCAAUAUUCCUCUAUUAUUAGCAAAAAACAACCAUCUUAGACCGUAACGAGGUAGAAUCAUGCGAAAUUUCUUCACAAUGAUACCUUUUGGGAUUAGGCAUGUAACGAACCGGAACACUAGUCGUAAGAUUCAGGUUUGGGAUUGGGGUAUUCAGUGCUGGCUCGGGUUCGGGAGUUCAGAAAUAUUAUCUCGAGUUUUCGUGUUUUUCUUUGAGUAGAACAUUAUUCACGUGUAUUUUGAGUGAAAAUAUUGAUAAUCACAUGCGGCUAGCAGGUGUAUUCUCAAAGGAUGACACUACUUAAAGCAAUGUUUUCUGAUCAGCAUAGUCUCAAUCUUAUUCUAAUUAAAUAUCGUCACCAAUCAAAUGAAAAGUGCUACCAAAAUUGAACUAUCAUAGUCACUGACUUUGUGAAGUUAUUCAACUUAUAAGCGAAUUCUUUAGAUGUUCGUGCCCGUCGCAUUCUGCAUUUAUGGAUGACAAUCGCAGUUCUUGCAUUGUAAAGAAUAACGGGGAAAAAUAGAAGAUAAAAUUUUAGAGAUAAACGUUUGAUAUAUGAUCAUAAAUAAGAUAGCACAAUAAAAAAGAAUUACUAAUACAAAAUUGUGAAUGAAUCCAUGAAAAUCGUACUAUAUGAUCUUGUAUGAGGAUGGAUGUGGAUGUGCGUGUAGGUGGGGCUGAGUGUGGAGUCUGGGCGUUAGUGUGGAUGUUUUAUUCUCUCGCACUCAUACCCUUAUCGUUAUUAUUAAGAGACUUUGCAUGUGUCUCUCGUUGAACAAAAAAGGAAAAAUGAUGUCAGAUGUACAUCAUCUUUUACAAACACUUUAACAAUGAUGUUCACUACUAUCAGACCGACAUUGGUCGUCAAAGCAUGAUUUAUUUCAUUAAUAGAUAUUAUAGCAUGACAAUAAUUAUAUUAGCCAAGAGCUCAUCAAGUGAUCACUAUUAAUUGAUAUUGUUGCAACAGCAAAUGACGCACCAAGCAUGGAUAAUCCCGGGAACCUUAUAAAGAAGAAUGAAUAAAAAUUAUCACAAAUCUACAAUGGCAAAAUAAUAAAAUACUCACAACGCCGAGUAUUGUAAGUAGAAUAUUGAGGAAUACAGUACCACUACAUAUUUUGUGGAACUCACAUAUAUUUUCGAAGAAAAUAGUGAGUGUAAGUUUUAAGUUCGAGUUUUCGCGGCUCCCCCCCCCCACUCCCCCCGCCACGCCCCCCACUCCCCCCCCCCCCCG